AUGACAAGCUACGAGGCUGAACCAAAAUUUGUGUUGAUUACUAGCAUAAAUCCUAAGGAGAAGGCUCCUUACGUAGCUAAGGCUGAUAAGCGCAAGGUUGAGUAUGAGAAGACCAUGAAAGCCUACAACAAGAAGCUGAAGGAAGGUCCAAAGGAGGGCGAGGAAUUUGACAAGUCCGUUUCUGAGGUUAGUGAAGAGGCGGAUGCGGAUAAUAGGAGUGAUGAGGUUAGUUCCUUGAUUCUUUUAAGUUGUUUAACAUCAUUAUUUGUAAAUUGCUUUGUAUAUGGCUCUGUUUAG